AUGGAUCACUUCACCUACAAAACAAAAAGAUUUGCAGGGUUGAAGGAGUGGAUCUUCAGAUUGACUGGCUUCCUCUGCAGCCUUCUGUCUUCUGGGCUUGGAAUAAUCCUUGCAAGGAGCAGAUAUUGGCGCCUCUGGGAAUUUGACAAUAAGGUUGUCCGGCUUGUGUACAUUGGACUCUGGGAGGCUUAUUACUAUCAGGAAUUUAACAUCUCUGGGUCUGUGACUACAAUUCUGAUGCACAGCUCUGUCAACUCGACCUGGACCAUUUCACCUGAAUUUCAGUGUUCGCAGACCCUCAUAUUUCUGGAAACUUUAAUAAACCCUGUUGUCCUGAUCUUCAUCUCAACAGCCAUUGGGAUCAGCUUUAGCAAUGCCUCAUUACCAUACAUUCAGAUAGUUUGCUACAAAUGCUCUGUCUUAAUCCUGAUCCUCAGUAGCCUUUGUACCGUUAUUUCUGUGACCUGGAACCAUGUAGUAGAUCUCUAUGGCAAAACCACCCUUGACUUUCCAGCAAACUUUCCAGUAAAGAAAGAAGCCCUGAUUAAAAAAUACAGCACUCCUGUGUUUCCCAUAGGGCUCAUGGCAACCACCCUGUCACUCCUGGGUGUCAUUACUUUCCUCUUUCAGAUAAAGUUAUUGAAAAGUCAGAGUAACCUGAAUGCCCAGCAUGCUUCUAAACAGGCUGAUCAAAAGGUCUGA